AUGACUUAUUCAGAAGCCGAAAACUACUUCAAUUCCAGCUACAAUGAAACCGAAGAGAUCACAUCAAAAAUUCAAGUGCAAAUAACCUUCUACAUUUUCUACGGAUCGAUAUUCUUCCUCGGUAUUUGUGGCAAUGCCCUAGUGUGUUUCGUGGUCAUAAGAAAUAAACAAAUGCACACGGUGACAAAUUUUCUCAUAACAAAUUUGGCACUCAGCGAUAUACUACUGUGCGUACUGGCGGUACCAUUCACACCACUCUACACAUUCCUGGGAGAAUGGGUAUUUGGGGCGACACUAUGCCGUCUGGUACCCUAUGCACAAGGAGUCAGCGUCUAUAUAAGUACCUUUACCCUCACCAGCAUUGCAAUUGAUCGAUUUCUCGUCAUUCUUUAUCCAUUUCGUCCGAGAAUGAAAAUUGAAGUCUGCCAAAUGAUUAUUGUUGGUAUAUGGUUUAUUGCACUGGGUUUAACAUUGCCAUAUGGUUUAUAUAGAAAAAUGGAUAGAAGUGAAAAUUUGUGUGAGGAAAUUUGGCCGAAUGAACAUUUUAGACGAGUAUUUAGCUCAAUUACAACUGUUUUACAAUUUGUUGUGCCAUUUUGCGUAAUAACUGUGUGCUAUAUAUUCGUGUCGCUUAAACUUAAUUCGAGAAUUAGAAUGAGACCAGGGUGUAGUGCGCGAAGGGAGGAGGCUGAUAGAGAGAGAAAGAGGAGGACUAAUAGAAUGCUUAUUGCAAUGGUCGCCAUAUUUGGAAUAUCUUGGCUUCCUUUAAAUCUUAUUAAUGUUAUAGAGGACUUUUAUUCGAAUGCCAAUGACUGGCCACCUUUCAAGUUUUGCUUUUUUGUUGCGCACAGUGUAGCCAUGAGUUCAACAUGUUACAAUCCCUUUCUUUACGCUUGGCUUAAUGAAAACUUCCGGAAAGAAUUCAAACAGGUUCUGCCCUGCUUUUCAAGAACAUUAGGCAAGAACAUUACAACAGAAGGUUGUAGAAAUGGAAAUGACACCGUCCAAGAAAGCUUGCUUCCCCUACCAACAUCGAAGCAGAAUAACACAAGCUGUGAGAUGAUUUCCUUGGAGCCAGUAAACAGUGAAGCUUCCAAGGAUCAACAAAAUUAACCGUCCAGGGAAUCAAAACACACCUCGAAAGAAUCUUAACUUUAACACGAAAGUUGAUCAAUACUAGAUUAUUACCAUCCGAGGUGAGAUCAACAUUAAAGUAAAUCGACAUAGAAGAACCCACUGACGACAUAUUAUAGAAACGAAAUUUUUUAAGAAUGAGACAUGUCAAGAAAAGUGUUUAUCAAAAAACAAAUAGAAAACUAGAAAUUUAUUAUAAUAUAAUAGGCCUAAUUUAGACACUACCUACAAUGAAGUUGUAAAGUUAUUAAAAUAAAAAUAUAAAAGUUAGCUGUUCAAUAAUAAUAAUUAUUAUACUGUAAAUUAAAUUUUAAGAAAAGUAUUAAGUAAAAGUAUUACUAAUCAUUUAUAAUUUUGUAAAAUAAUAUCACACUUACAUCACACAGUGUAAAAUAUUUAUUACGAAAAAAUUUCUAGAUAUACAUGUCGAAAUUGCGAACUUUCUGCACUACUCCAUAUUGUUCGAUUGUAAAAUUGUGGAACAGAUUUUUCAAAAAUUCAAAUUCCAAUCAAAAAUUUUUCAAAGAAAUAUCAAAUUAUUUUUUUAUUUAUACAUUUUUUAAAAAGAAUAUCUCUUCCAAAAUUAUAUAAAGUAUGUUUUUUAAAUUUAUUUUCAAAUCAUUUAUCAUAU